AUGGGUUUUAAACCAUUAGUAUGGUUUUGCCGGCCAUCGACAAAUGCGAUUUGGGCUCGAGAGACAGACAGCGCACUUGGUGCAUAUACGCCUUGUGCCGUUGACUCUAUUGUUGGGAAUGUUUCUCAUUUGGUUCUUUUGGGUUUGUGCUUGUAUAGAAUGUGGCUGAUCAAGUUCAACCCAAAAGUCCAAAGGUUCUGCUUGAGAACAAGUUUCUACAACUAUGCACUGGCCUUUUUAGCAAGUUGUUGUGCUGCUGAGCCGUUGUUCAGAUUGGUCAAGGAGAUAUCACUAUUCAAUUUGGAUGAAGAGAUGGGAUUUGCUCCUUUUGAGAUGGUUCAUUUGGGCAUCGAGUUUAUCUCAUGGUGUUCUAUGGUUGUUAUGCUACUUCAUGAAACUAAUGUAUAUGUCAAAGAGUUCAGAUGGUAUGUAAGAUUUGGAGUAAUAUAUGUAUUAGUGGGAGAUUCAGUUAUUUGCAAUUUCAUCUUCCAAUUCAAAGAUUACUAUGCCAGGUCUACUCUGUACUUGUAUAUAAGUUCAGUCUUCUUCCAGAUUUUGUUUGGGGUGAUGCUUAUAGUUUAUGUUCCAAACUUGGACCGAUACCCAGGCUACAUUCCACUAUUAGAUUCUGUUGAUGACACCAAAAAUGAUAAUAAGCCUCUAGCGGAGCUCGUUUGCCCCGAGAGAUAUGCUAAUAUAUUUUCCAGGAUUUACAUUGACUGGAUGACCCCUUUAAUGCGACAAGGCUACAAAAAACCCAUAACCGAAAAGGAUGUCUGGAAGUUGGACUCAUGGGAUCAGACAGAAAUUUUGUUCUCCAGAUUCCAGUACUCUUGGGUGAAAGAAUCUCAAAGACCAAAACCAUGGCUUUUACGUGCUUUGAAUCAUAGCCUUGGAGGCAGGUUUUGGUAUGGAGGCUGCUACAAAAUUGGUAGUGAUCUUUCCGAGCUUGCGGGACCUGUUUUACUGAAUCAUCUUCUAAAGUCCCUGGAGAGAGGCAAUCCACCUUGGCUUGGUUAUGUCUAUGCUCUAUCGAUUUUCUUAAGUGUGUCUCUUGGAGUGCUUUGUGAGGCUCAUUAUUUUCAGAAUGUCAUGCGAAUCGGUUUUCGGCUAAGAUCGACUCUGGUGGCUGCCAUAUUUCGCAAAUCCUUACGGCUAACACAUGAAAGCCGUAAGCACUUUCCAUCUGGAAAAAUAACAAAUAUGAUGACAACAGAUGCAAAUGCACUUCAGCAAAUAUGCCAACAACUUCAUGGUUUAUGGUCAUACCCGUUUCGAAUUAUUGUGGCUAUGGUUCUUCUCUACCAGCAAUUAGGUGCAGCUUCGCUUCUCGGUUCUCUGAUGUUAGUCCUUAUGUUCCCUGUCCAGACUUGUAUCAUUAGCAGAAUGCGAAAACUAUCCAAGGAAGGAUUGCUCCGUACUGACAAGAGAGUUGGUUUAAUGAACGAAAUCUUGGCGGCAAUGGAUACCGUAAAAUGUUAUGCGUGGGAAAACAGUUUCAAGUGUAAGGUGCAAACGAUGAGAGAUGAUGAGCUGUCGUGGUUCAGAAAAUCUCAGUUACUCUCGGCGUGUAAUACGUUCAUACUAAACAGCGCACCGGUGCUCGUGACAGUUAUUUCUUUCGGGGUGUUCACUUUUCUCGGUGGAGACUUGACACCUUCCAGGGCCUUCACAUCUCUUUCGUUGUUUGCUGUUCUACGAAGGCCUCUGAAUAUGCUCCCUAAUUUAAUUACCCAGGUCGUGAAUGCAAAUGUAUCUCUACAGCGUUUGGAAGAAUUGUUGCUUGCCGAGGAGAGAUCUUUAUCACCUAAUCCAUCACUCGAGCCAACACUCCCAGCAAUCUCAAUAAAGGGUGGAAACUUUUCAUGGGAUUCUAAGGAGGCAAGACCCACUUUAUCGAAUAUUAAUUUACAAGUACCGAUUGGCAGCUUAAUCGCAAUUGUUGGUGGUACUGGAGAAGGAAAGACCUCAAUAAUCUCAGCAAUGCUCGGAGAGCUACCUCCCAUUGGCGAUGCAAGUGUUGUAAUCAGAGGAUCUGUAGCUUAUGUGCCACAAAUUUCUUGGAUUUUCAAUGCUACAGUUCGCGAUAAUAUAUUAUUCGGGUCAUCCUUUGAACCAACAAGAUAUUGGAAGACUGUAGAUGUCACUGCAUUGAACCAUGACCUUGAAUUGCUUCCAGGCCAUGAUCUUACUGAGAUUGGUGAAAGAGGAGUAAAUAUUAGUGGAGGUCAAAAGCAAAGAGUUUCAAUGGCUCGGGCAGUGUACUCUGACUCAGAUGUUUACAUAUUUGAUGACCCGUUAAGCGCUCUAGACGCUCAUGUAGCUCGACAGGUUUUCAAUAACUGUAUCAAAGAAGCGCUAGAAGGAAAAACGAGAGUUCUCGUCACUAAUCAGUUACAUUUUCUUCCCCAAGUGGACAGAAUAGUUUUGGUCUCUGAAGGUACAGUGAAAGAGGAAGGCACCUACGAGGAGCUCUCCAAAAACGGCACACUUUUCAAGAAACUAAUGGAAAAUGCAGGCAAAAUGGAAGAACAAAUGCAUGAAAAUAAUGGGGAUAUCGUGAGUUUUCCUCACGAAACUUCUCCACUUUCGAGAGCUGUGGAUGUGCAUGAAGUGCCAAAAACUGCUGUUAACAACUCUACAAGCAAAGUCAAAGAAGGCAGAUCAGUUCUUAUCAAGCAGGAGGAGAGAGAAACUGGGAUAGUCAGCUGGAAUGUUUUAAACAGGUAUAAAAAUGCUCUGGGGGGCUUGUGGGGUGUACUGGUAUUAUUUGCAUGCUAUAUACUAACAGAAACUCUGAGAAUUUCAAGUAGCACAUGGCUGAGUAUAUGGACGAAACAGAGCACAUCGACCAAUUAUGAUCCCGGUUUCUAUAUUCUUAUUUACGCAAUACUCUCGUUUGGACAGGUGCUAGUGACACUGACGAAUUCGUUUUGGUUGAUCACAUCGAGCCUUAAUGCCUCUAAAAGACUUCAUGAUUCGAUGCUACAUUCCAUACUCAGAGCUCCUAUGGCAUUCUUUCAUACUAACCCUAUCGGUCGGGUAAUCAACAGAUUCGCAAAAGAUCUCAGUGAUAUCGACCGUAAUGUCGCAAAUUAUGUCAACAUGUUUUUAAGCCAAUUUUUCCAGCUGCUAUCGACUUUCUUGCUGAUAGGAUUUGUGAGCCCUAUAUCUUUAUGGGCCAUAUUGCCUCUUCUCGUGUUGUUUUACGCCGCAUAUCUUUAUUACCAGAGCACAUCCCGAGAAGCAAAGCGUCUAGAUUCGAUCACCCGAUCGCCCGUAUACGCUCAGUUUGGAGAAGCACUAAACGGUCUCUCCACAAUACGAGCAUACAAAGCUUACGACCGAUUGGCAGAGAUAAACGGCCAGUCUAUGGACAACAACACGAGGUUCACUCUGGUCAACAUAAGCUCUAACAGGUGGCUAACCAUAAGACUCGAAACUCUUGGCGGGUUCAUGAUCUGGCUGACCGCAACUUUUGCCGUCAUGCAAAACAACCGAGCUCAAAACCAGGUGGCAUUUGCAUCUACUAUGGGCUUGCUCCUUAGUUAUUCCUUAAACAUCACGAAUCUGUUGAGCAAUGUCUUGAGACAAGCGAGUCGAGCCGAAAACAGUUUGAAUUCGGUCGAACGUGUAGGAACGUACAUAGAUUUGCCCUCCGAGGCCCCUGAAGUGAUCGCAGAAAAUCGUCCCCUUCCCGGAUGGCCUGCAUUGGGAUAUGUGAAGUUUGAGGAUGUUUGUUUAAGGUACAGGCCCGAGUUACCUCCUGUCCUGAGGGGGCUAACGUUCGGUAUUUAUCCGCAUGAAAAAGUCGGCAUAAUUGGGAGGACUGGGGCCGGUAAAUCGAGCAUGAUUAACGCGUUGUUCAGAAUAGUGGAGCUCGAAAGGGGAAGAAUUUUGAUCGAUGAUUUUGAUGUUGCGAAAUUUGGAUUGAUGGAUUUACGCAGAGUCCUCAGCAUUAUCCCGCAAUCACCUGUUCUUUUCUCUGGUACCAUUAGAUUUAAUCUUGAUCCUUUUGGCGAGCACAACGACUCGGAUCUAUGGGAGGCUUUGGAACGAGCACACUUGAAGGAUGUUCUCAGAAGGAGUGCAUUAGGCUUGGAUGCUGAGGUUUUCGAAGGGGGUGAGAACUUUAGUGUCGGGCAGAGGCAGCUAUUGAGUCUUGCACGAGCAUUACUUCGUAGAUCAAAGAUCCUCGUGCUUGAUGAGGCAACAGCAGCCGUUGAUCUAAGGACUGAUGCACUUAUACAGAAAACAAUCCGUGACGAAUUUAAAUCUUGCACGAUGCUAACUAUCGCUCAUCGCCUCAAUACCAUCAUCGAUAGUGACCGGAUUCUCGUUCUUGAUUCUGGUCAGGUGAUUGAGUACGACACUCCCGAAAAUCUUCUUUCGAGCGAAGGAAGUGUUUUCUCCAAGAUGGUUCGUAGCACGGGACCCGCGAAUGCUAAGUACUUGAAAAGCUUAGUUUUGAGUACAAAGGGCCGGGAAAAUACUAACAGACCUAAAAACGGGGCCCACAUAUCGUCCCGCUGGAAUGAAGCCACUCGGCAUGCUCUUGCUUUAAAUCUCGAAGCCUCGUUAAAGAAUCUUCAGAUUCCAUAUUGUGAAGAUGAGAAGAACAGCAUUACUAUUAUCCGCAAAACAAAUGAAGCAAUUGUAACUCUGCAGAAAGUGUUGAUGGGUGAACACAACAGAGUUAUUGAGGAUACGCUCGAUCGUUUUGAGGUUCCGUAUUAUCGAUGGUGGUCGGCCUUAUACAGAGUGAUCGAAGGACUUGCUGAGAUGAGCAGAUUGGGAAACGGGUUCCAGCAAAUGAAAAAUGGUACAGAAGAGAAUUGGGAUGAUGAUGUUGAUGAUGAUAAUCUUCAACUGUAA